AAUGUCGAUAGUUUAUCGAUAUGACUUUAUCGACAUGGCUACAGCAAGGUGGUGUUAAAUUGUUAAUCGUACACUAAACAAAAGUGGCAACAGUGACAGCUCGCUGAGACACCGUCUAUAUAUAUAUUAUGUCUAUGUGGUUCUAAAACGUCAAUGUCAAAACAUUUCUGGAAAGGGGAAAAAUAAAAUAAUAAAAUUGGUACUUUCUCGAGUGUAAGAAAAUUGCGUAAAUAGUUUUUUAAUCUUUGUUGAGCGUAUAAUGAUAAUUAUCUUUUAGAACUUCAAAAAUGAGUAAGCAAAAGCAUAUGUAUUCUACCGCAAACCUUAGUGACAAAGAAUUAAAAGAACAAGGAAACAGACUUUUUAGUUUGCGUCGUUACGAAGAUGCUAUGAAUUGUUAUACGAAGGCUAUAAUAAAGAAUCCAUCAGUUGCCACAUACUUCACCAACCGAGCACUAUGCCACCUCAAGGUGAAGCGCUGGGAAGCCACUUGCCAAGACUGCCGCCGCGCACUUGACAUUGACUCUAACCAGGUCAAGGGACACUUCUUUUUGGGACAAGCUCUGGUGGAGCUUGAGUUCUAUGAUGAAGCUAUCAAACAUCUUCAUAGAGCCAAUGACCUUGCCAGAGAGCAAAAACUAAACUUUGGUGAUGACAUCGCUGCACAGCUCCGUAUUGCCAGGAAAAAGAGAUGGAAUGUUCAGGAAGAGAAGAGGAUCACACAGGAAAUUGAACUUCAGACAUAUCUGAAUAGGUUAAUAAGUGAAGACAUGCAGCGUAGAGUGGAAGCCUUAAAACUAGAGAACAAUAGCGAAGAGGAUGUUAAUUUAAAAACGGCGAAUAUAGAAGAAGAAUGUAAUAAUUACACCAGCGAGCUAAAUAAUUUAUUUGCCAAAGUAGAUGAUAGGAGAAGGAAACGUGACGUUCCGGAUUACCUAUGUGGGAAGAUAAGCUUCGAAAUACUAAACGACCCGGUGAUCACGCCGAGCGGCAUCACGUACGAGAGGAAAGACAUUGAAGAACAUCUCGAGCGCGUCGGCCAUUUCGAUCCAGUGACGCGCGUGAAGCUAACAUCAGAUCAGCUCAUCCCUAACUUCACGAUGAAGGAGGUUGUCGACUCCUUCCUUCAGGAGAACGAGUGGGCGCUCGACUAUUAACUGGUUCAAGUUUAUGAAGAUUAUGUAUGGGUAAUAGGGAAUGCAAAUUGGUUAUUUUUUGUAUGGAAAUAACCGCGGUUUCGGUUAAUAACCGAUUAUUUCCAUACAAAAAAUAACCGAAAAUAACCGAUUUGCAUUCCCUAAUGGGUAAUUAAGUUUAAAUUGUCAUGUUAUACUAUAAAUCUGGUUCAUGGUCCGAGUCCGUGGGACUACCCUUGUAAGAAAGCAGUCUCAUUGUUUGUAUAAGAUGCGUCAAGAUUGCCAACUAGGAAUGCAAUAACCGGCCAAACUUCAUAACCGAUUUCGGUUACGGUUAUGCCCGAAAAAUAACCGAAUAUCGGUUAUAAUCGGUUACAGUUAUUUUCGACGAAAAAUUAUAAAUUUACAAUGAAGUAAUUAAAAAAAUACAAAAAUCUUUAUUUUAGUACCUACAGUACCUAUUAGGGAAUGUGAGUAAGUCUUCGUUUUUUAAUAAAACACACCAAGUACAGUAGAAGUUAAAUAUGACCUUGGACGUGAUACAAUAUUUAAUAAAAAUAUUUAAUAAAUAAGAGAAGUAAAUUUGGUAUAUUCUAGUUAUUAAAGUCCACGAAUGACAAAAAUUAUAGUCACAUGCGUCACAGCCAAAAAAGGCAGGAUUUUGUAGUCAUAAGAUGAUAAACACAUACAAUUUAAGUCAUAAAUAAAUAGCCGAAAAUAACCGUAACGGGUUAUUCGAGUUUGCAAUAUUCGGUUAUGAAAUUUUGUCAAAAUAUUCGGUUAUAACCGAAUAUUUCGGUUACGGUUAUAACCGAUUUGCAUUCCCUAUGCCAACGGCCAAAAGAGAUGGGCCGAAUAUGGUUUUUCGACCCCACUAGGUGGGUUCACUAUUCGUCAUCGCUUUUCGCUACAUACGGUUUUCUCCGUGUUAUCGGCUACGCUCGUAGCCGGUAGCUCGCGCUCGCACUGAAUAUGUUAAGAGAGACGCCACUGUAUACAGGGUGAUUCAUGAGACGUGAGCAGGACUAAUCCUGCACACUCAGUAACUGAUAAUUGAUCGAUCACCGUCGUAUGUAGGUGAAACAACCACACUUUUUCUUAUGUUUCAACAUUUUGGUGAGGGCAAAUUUAAUUCUCUACAAUCAUGGUCACCCUACAAGACCUAAUUAAUAAACAUAAAACCUCUUACACGAAGAAAAUAAAAUGUGAAACCUGAGUGAGAUACGAGUUUUUAAAAGUAAGCAGACCGUGAUGACAGUGAUGACAUUCAAUUUGACACAGAAUAUCGGUAGUUUAGUAUUCUAAUGUUAGGGUGACCAUCUAUGUCGUAAAUAAAUUAAUAACUUUUUUUUUCAACACGACUAGAAAAUUAACGUUAACCUCACUAAUACUGGUAGGAAACAGUUGCUUAUAAUUUACGAAAUGCACAGUGUUAGUCCUGCUCACGUCUCCUGAAUCACCCUGUAUACUGAUACAUAUAAGUAUGUUUAUUUUUUCACAUUUACUUAUGUAUCUUUUUACUUAUUUUAAAACCGUUGGGUGCAUCGGCUACUGUAAAGAAAUAAUCUAUCUAUUGUAAAGUAGCCUAUUAUAGUUAUCUUUCUAGUACUCUUACACUUUCUAUGCAAAUUGAAUUAUAAAUGUUAUUUUAAAUAUUAAAAACAUCCGAGUGUAUAAAUAAAUGUAAAUAUUGUAUUGAUUUGUAAUAUUUUAAGGACCAUAAAUAUAAAUCCAAACUGCA